UGUUUGUUGUUGGAGAAAGGAGAGAAAGGAAAGCGCGAGGAUCGUCGCCGCCGCCGCCAGCGCCGCCGUGCCGGAGCCGAGGAGACCUGGCCGCCGCCCCGCCGCGCCUUCCGCCGCCGGCUCCCGCGUCCUCGGACUGGUUCCAACAGCCUGUUAAAACAUGGUGGAUUACUAUGAAGUUCUAGGCGUGCAGAGACAUGCCUCAGCCGAGGAUAUUAAAAAGGCGUAUCGGAAACUGGCACUGAAGUGGCAUCCAGAUAAAAAUCCGGAGAAUAAAGAAGAAGCAGAGAGAAAAUUCAAGCAGGUUGCUGAGGCGUAUGAGGUGUUAUCAGACGCGAAAAAACGGGACAUCUAUGACAAAUACGGCAAAGAAGGAUUGAACGGUGGCAGUGGAGGUGGAAGCCAUUUCGACAGUCCGUUUGAGUUCGGCUUCACAUUCCGAAAUCCAGAUGACGUCUUCAGGGAAUUUUUUGGUGGAAGGGAUCCAUUUUCUUUCGACCUCUUCGAAGACCCAUUUGAGGACUUCUUUGGGAAUCGAAGGACCCCCCGUGGAAGCCGGAGCCGGGGCACGGGAUCCUUUUUCUCUGCUUUCAGCGGAUUUCCCCCCUUUGGAGGGGGCUUUUCCUCUUUUGAUACAGGAUUCACUUCCUUUGGUUCCCUAGGUCACGGGGGCCUCACUUCCUUCUCUUCCACGGCGUUUGGUGGCAGUGGGAUGGGCAACUACAAAUCGAUAUCCACUUCGACUAAAAUGGUCAACGGCAGAAAAAUCACUACGAAGAGGAUUGUGGAGAAUGGACAGGAGAGGGUGGAAGUUGAAGAAGACGGCCAGUUGAAGUCCUUGACGAUAAAUGGUGUGGCCGACGAGGACGCCUUCGAGGAAGAGUGCCGGCGACGGGGCCAGACCGCGCUGCCCGCCAGCACCAGCGCCCGCUUGCUGAGGCCGCAGAAGCCGGCCUCCCUGCCCAAGCACGCGUCCCACUACACGUGUGAGGACGAGGACGAGCCCAGCAGGCCCCGCGCCACCAGCACCUGGGAGCCCCCCUCCGUGUUCUCCGCAGGAUUCAAAGAAGGUGGCAAGAGGAAGAAGCAGAAGCAGCGAGAGGAGUCGAAGAAGAAGAAGUCGACCAAGGGCCGCCCCUAGACGGGUGCGGAGCCGCGGGCGCCCGGGCACACGCCGUAGCCAGCGCACCUGCUCCCCGCCGCCCGAGCCCGCAGCUGCUCACGGCCCGCGCAGACCGGUCAGGCCGCGGGCGUGGCGGGCCGCGGGGAAAGCCGCCCCGGCCCUGCUCCCCGGCCCUGCCCCCUCCUCCCGCUCCCCCCUGCCCCCUGUGCCCUCGCGACGUCGCUUUGGUGGCCGUGUAGACGUGAGUGCGCACUGCCCUUGGCUGCCAGGUGCUUGCAUCUAGAAUCCAGGUAGCACAGGUGACCUCCUCUGCGGUGACGUGGCCGCGCAAGGGGGGCCCGGGUGAGCUGCUCCGGGUGUGAGGUCCCGCCCGGGUCUGUGCUUUCAGCUCCGAUCCUCUUCCUGGGGCCCGAAGCUGCAAGUAGCCCCUCUUUGCUCAGAUCCGUCAUUAUCCUUUUGGGUGUGGACGCAGGCGUUGCCAGGUUUGACCAGCAGCAUCCCCUCCAGCUCUUGGUUUAGGGGGAUGCUGGGGGAGGAGCCGAGCGCCCCCCACAGGAAGCCAGGUGCUGGGCGCACCGCUGAGCCAAGCAGGGAGCUGUUGGCCUCGGCUCCCGGGAGAGGCCCGUGCCUGGCUGCCCCUCCACGGGUUCGAUGCCCCAGCUCCGUGCUGCAGGCGGCUGCUGGCUGCUCUCGAGGUCCCCAGCCUGAGCACCUGCCCCUGUGGCCUUUCCCCGUGACCUCAGUCCCACAGGACAAGAGCUGCCCUGGGACCCGGGCAUUUGGGGCGCAGUCCUUGUGACAGCGCUGCGGGCGUGGAAGCCAGAAGCGAGGGUGACGCGCGUGAUUUUAAGCCAAUUGUUGCAGCUGCUCGUGAGCUGGUUGUAGUGGGAGGUGGUGUGGACUUGGACUUGGGUGAGGAGCCGACGGGGUUUAAUGCUUAUUGUGGAAAACGCAGCCAUGAAAGCAUAACGGAUUUUAAGUGCUACCCACGUAAAUAAAGUGUCAGCGUUACCAUUGA